AUUUCUACAGCAACAGCAUCAUUCUUGUUGUAUUUCUACAAAAAGUAACUAAUCUCUACCUACUACUUCAAGGUAUAGGUUAAAUUCCAUUGUACGUGUCCGUUGCAAAAUUUUAAUUAUGUGUUUAUUAAUUCGGAUUUUUUGCUUAAUAGUUUUAAUAAACGCGUGCAAGGGUGCGUUUAAAAUUCCGGAACCCGAUAGCUAUGAACCCAAAGUAACCCCGUCGAAUGUUAAUAGUGCUAGGUCUAUACUAGGAUACGACAAUAUUAAAAUAUUGCCUAAGUAUCCGGAUGGAAAGGAAAACAGGAGAAGUUACCCGUGGGAGAUGGAAUCAGACGAAGUGAAGCACAAUUUCGGCAUGAAAUUUUAAUUAGUUUUUUAAUAGACAGAAGGCAUGUAUCUAAAUUGUGAAUACUCGUAGAUUUUUUUAGUAAAUAAUUCUGUCUAAUGUUUUUUUUUCAUAUUUCUAUCAUGUUACUGUAAUAAUACAAAUAU